AUGACACAGUUUAUAUUCAAACCUGCUCACUUUCGCUGUGUUCUGCAGACGCGCUGGCUCUUAAGCGAGCAUCGAACACAAAAACUGCUGUGCUCAGACAGAAGGUAUUCCACUGGAGGAGAUAAUACCCCGAAAAUAUACACCAAAACUGGAGACAAAGGUUUCUCCAGCACAUUUACAGGUGAAAGGAGGCCAAAGGAGGAUCAUAUUUUCGAAGCUUUAGGAAAUACAGAUGAACUGUCAUCAGCCAUAGGGUUGGCCAGAGAAUUUUGCCUUGACAAAGGUCACACAUUCACUUAUCAGCUGGACAAGAUACAGUGCAUUCUGCAAGAUGUGGGUUCCAAUGUUGCCACCCCUCGAUCAUCUGCACGAGACAGCCACAUAAAGAGGACUAAAUUUACCGUGCAGCCGAUUGCAGACCUGGAAACCUGGAUAGAUGCAUUUACAGAGGAGCUCCCUCCACUGACCAACUUCAUUUUACCAUCUGGUGGGAAAAGUAGUGCAGCUUUGCAUUUGGCUCGGACAGUCUGUCGAAGGGCAGAGCGCAGUGUUGCUCCAAUUGUGCGCUCGGGUGAGGCAGACCCAGAGGUUGCCAAGUUCCUGAACAGGCUGAGCGACUACCUGUUUACAGUUGCCAGAUAUGCAGCUAUGAAGGAAGACAAAGAGGAAACAAUCUACAAGAGGCCUGAAUAA